CACGGUGCGUUGCGGCCGAUGCACACAUCGUAGUCGCACUGUCACGCUCGAUUAGCGCGCGAGUAGUCGAUGGACGCCCAUCACUCGUUAGAUGUUCCAAAAAUAAAAAUUUAAAUAAUUCGAUUUUCGAUUUAGCUGUUCUAAAAUUUGAAUUUGGAACGAUUGAACGCUUUGUGUUUUGGUGGAUUAUUGGCAGUGUCUGGUAGAAUAUCGAUUGUAGUGUUGUGACAUUAUUGAAGGAAUUUAAAACUUUGAAAUAUAUAAUAUUUUGAUCUAAGUAACUGACAAUGAGACAAAAUGAUGAAAUUUCACCAAAUGCUUAAUUUCGAUGCGCCAACGAAAAUGAAGAUAUCUGCUGCAGACAGCCAGGGAUCUGGAAGCCCGCCAUUGAGUCCCACCGACUCCGCAACAUCAGAAUCAGCGCCCACACUCGUCCAUAUCAAACAAGAAACGAUGCCACCCGGUACCGACGUGAAAGAAUACUACGGCUCCCUUGACUUCGGCCUACCCGACACUUUCAUACCACCCAACUACUCCGAAUACGGCCCUGCUUACUUACCCAGGCCUUUGGACCUCCAAAACCAGAGAUACUUAGACCCAGACAAAAGUCCUAAAGCGAAAGAAGAUGAAACAAAAGACGACGAGUCUGAAGAUCAAGCAGACUUUAAUCUGCCAGAGGAAUUAGUUAUUAAAGCGGGUGGUGUGUACGCCCGUACGUCCAUAAACGUAGGAACCAAGUAUGGCCCAUUCGUCGGAAAGUGGGGAUCGCAACCGAUGGACACGAAGUACGCCUGGGAGGUGUUAGGUAAGAAUGGCAUCCGCGGCUGGCUAGACGGCAGCGGCGAGAAGUCAAACUGGCUGAAGUUGGUUCGAUCUACCAGCUACCCCCACGAUGUCAACAUGCAGCAUUUGUUGCAUGCGGGCCAAGUUUGGUACAAGGUCAUACAUGAAAUACAUUCUGGCCAAGAAUUGCUGCUUGGACCAAGAACACCACUGCCUUUGCAAGACGUAUUACCUCCAAGUGCAGAGUUGCCAGCAGCCAACAAGUAUUCUAUAGCCGAAGAAGAAGAACGCGAAGACGCCGAACCCAGGUGUUCCUUCUGCGAGGCUCCGUUCCCUAACAUUGACGUUCUCGAUCGGCACUUGAUCCAAGCGCACGCGCAGCCCGCGUCGGCGUUCCGUUGCGAGCUUUGCAACCGCGCGUACAGCUCCAGAGCUUUACUUUUACGCCACCGAGCUCUUGCCCACACUGACAUCAGGAAAUACCCCUGCGAGAACUGCCCUAAGGUAUUUACCGAUCCUUCCAACCUGCAGCGCCACAUCCGCGCGCAGCACGUGGGCGCGCGCAGCCACGCCUGCCCCGAGUGCGGCAAGACCUUUGCCACCUCCUCCGGCCUCAAGCAGCACACGCACAUCCACUCCAGCGUCAAGCCGUUCCAGUGCAAGGUCUGCUUCAAGUCCUAUACGCAGUUUUCGAACCUGUGCCGCCACAAGCGAAUGCACGUCGCGUGCAGGGCGCUAGUCGAAUGCGGAAAAUGCGGCCAGUCUUUCACGUCGUACGCGUCUCUUACUAAGCACAAGAGAUUUUGUGAAACCGCCGCCGCUGCUUCUGUAAACCUGCGAGGACAAAUGCCGCAAGGACUACCACAGAUCCCACAAUUGCCAAACGUCGGCAUGAAUAAUCCGAAUAAUGCGAAUCCUUUUCCCCUUUACCGGGGACCAGCUUUACCGUUACCUUACAACACCUUCGCACACUAUCCGGCUUUGUUUUCGGCUGCGGCUGCUGCGUGCCAACCUGAUUUAUUUAACCCACUCUUAUUUAACGUACAAGGAGCUCGAUUAAAAAUGGAACAUGAAAUAGCAUUAUCAAACGCUAACAUGGUAAUGAAUCAAGAAGGUCGCAUGUCAGUCAAGAGUAUCGACAGUUCGACUUCUCUCGAAGAAGUAAAGAAGAAGGAAAUGGACUUUGAAAACAACAGUAGAUUAAUAGAAAAAUCAGACCGAGGUACACCAAAAUUACAAAACCCAUACUCCAAACUAUCUCCUCCAUCGAUUGAAGACACUUCACAACAUAGACCUUCGCCAGGUAUGGCAGUGCCGACACCGAUAGUCCCGUUCAAUUUCAAUAGAGAAGAACUGAAGCGAAAGUCCCCUUUCAAUUUUUCCUUGAAGCUAAAUAACAAUGACAUUCAAAGGAAGUCUAUCUCGCCAUCACUUCCAAAAGAUUUAUCCAAACACAAUAUCAGUGAUGAUAAGACAUCAGAAUAUUCUGAUGUGGAAGAAGAAACAAAGAAGGAUGAGGGCGAUCAACCCUUAGACCUAUCAGUGUCCCGUAAAAGUGAUAAGGAAUCGGAGCCAGAUAACGAUAAUCGCUCCUUUCGUAACUCCUCGGUGAAGUCCUACUCACCACCAGAAAGUCCUGCAGAGAGAAGCAAGACUCCCGAAAACGAUACUACCGAUGUUGACGUGGAAGGUGUAGAACCAAAACGGGAAGAUUCCCCAUUGGUUUCACCUACUCUUGCUUUUCCAAUGCCCGUCCACCGUCAGCAGAACAUCAUCGAUGCGAUGUACCGCCCGAGAUUUCCGUCCUUUCCAUCGUCAGAGUCGCUACUGACCUCGACUCAUUCACCCUACGUCCCGAGCCCAUUCAAUUUUUUAUCCCCACUUCUAGGUACUGACGGUCCCGAUAGACAGCCCAGCGCUUACGCGAAAUUUCGAGAGCUUAACUCCGGAUCGAAAUUAAGAGAUCGCUACGCUUGCAAAUUCUGCGGGAAGGUCUUCCCGAGGAGUGCAAAUUUGACUCGCCAUUUACGUACCCACACAGGAGAGCAGCCUUACAAAUGUAAGUACUGUGAACGUUCGUUUUCUAUAUCCUCGAACUUGCAGCGACAUGUUCGUAAUAUACAUAACAAGGAGAGGCCUUUUAGAUGUCCAUUGUGUGAUAGAUGCUUCGGACAGCAGACGAAUUUGGACCGACACCUGAAGAAGCACGAAGCUGAAGGUGGGGACUCGCCUAGUUCUGCCGACACGGAAAGGGAAGACGCUUAUUUCGACGAUAUAAGGUCCUUCAUGGGGAAAGUGACAUGUUCUCCCGGGGGUACUCCUCCUGCGACUUCACCCCAUGCUCCCCACCGGCCUUCUCUGGCGAUAUCCACAUAGCCAUCGGUUUAUCCGCUACCGCCCCCACCACCGUUGUGGCCGCAUCCAUACGAGUAGCGACGAAUUGGUGCUGACUUGGAUGUUUUCCUGUAGUUAUUUUAGCUCUGGGAGUCAUUUCACGGUAAAAAAAACUUUACUGUGACCAUAAAUUCUAUAUGCAAUGUCUUUUAAAAACAACGAUAAUAUUGACUUAUCGUAAUAUUACCAGAUUAAGAAUUUAAAGGCCAUUCAAUUGUAGAGGAUUUAUGCUACAAGGGGGUUUGUGAAAUUCUCUAUGUUAUGGAAUUUUUUUAACAAAUCAACGAUGUCUAUUUAACCAAUCAAAUGACAAAAUAUUGGUAUAUUUUCCAGUCUUUCUUUUAUGGAAUUAUUAAUAUUAGAAUUUCACAAAUUGCUACAGGUGUUGCGCUACGAAGUUUAAAGGGCACGUUAAGUAAAUAGGCUUAUUUACUUAUAUUAUGACACAAAGGUAUCGCUAGCUACAAUCGUAAACAUUUCUCACAUGACAACACAUAUUAUAGUAAAAUUAAGACAAUUACCUUAAGGAUUCGUUGUUGAAUAUGAAAUACAUUAUUAUAUAAAAAUUAAUUAGUUCCUAGUUUAGUUAUAAGUUUGAAGUAAAACAUUCGAAAGUGUAAAUAUAAUAUAAAAUUACGAAUUCAAAUUAUAGAAAAUAAGUUUGUUAAAUUUGUAUAAAAUUAGUUGUAAGCUGGUUCGUUGUUCAAAAGAAUAUUUUUCAUGAGAGAGCAAAAUUAGUUAUUUUUUUAUUUAUUCCAACGGGUUUUCAAUUCGGUUUUGAUCUCGUUUAGUCAAAAAACUUACCAAAGUUUCGAUAAGAAAAAUGUUAAAAGAAAUUUUAUAGAAAAAAGCUAAAUAAAGAAAUUGUAUGAUUUAUUAUAUUCACGCGAGAUUUUAUAAAACUGAAACUUAACACGUUUUAUUUCAAAUAAUUUAGUUUGGUGAUAAAAAUAUAUCAAUAUGAUUUUAUUGUACACUGUUUAGUUUUUCAGGGCAGUUUCCGCACUUAGUCCUAAUUAUUGGACCAUUGUGCGUGUCUUAAUAAAUAAUGUACACUGUAUAACAUAUCGAAAAUGAUACGCAAUGUUCGUUCCCUCACAUCACGUCUAAUUUGUUAUAAAUAUUGACGCAUAUCAAGUUACUGAUGAAGCUCAAACGAUGUAGAUGUUUGUAAUUAAAUUUGUUCUUAAUAUAAGGUAGGUACAGUUUCACAGAAAAGUAUUAUAUUAGAGUAAGCUGGAUUCUCAAAAUUACAAUUUUUCGCUCUUUUUCUAUGACAAUGUAUACUAUUAAUAAUUGUGAAACAUUAGAAAAAGCAUCAAUAUAAUUAGUAAGGCACCUUCGUUUUUAGAUAAAUAACAUUUCAUUAAUGAAAAAUUAUUUAGCAGCAUUGUAAAAUAAUACAUUCUUGAAUGCUUAUUGUAUAUUAGAACUUACACAAUAUUGUAAAAAUGUAAUGCAGUAUUAAAAACAAUUAUUAGAUAUUCCUAAUACCAUAUCACUUUUAACGUGUUAGUUUAUAUUUUAAGGGUUUAUGAAUCACUUCAACAGAGUAAUGAAAUUAAUGAUACACUUCAAUAUUCGGUUACAAAAGUAAUAUAAUGGAUAUUGUAAUGCAUUAAAUUAAAAAACAGUACAAUCUGCUUAUAUUUUUAUUUCUCCUGGUUUAUUGGUUCUGCACAGUGCUACCUAAUUCAUUUUAUUCAAUGAAUAUUAAAUGUUUAGGUAUACUCCCGCGGUACUGUAGGCACUGCCGGAUUUAGGGGAGGGCAACCGGGGCGAAAGCCCCGGGGCCUCCACAAACGGGGAGGGACACAAACGGGGAUCCCCACAAUAGGAAUAUAGGAUGGGACAAAACCGUCUAUCGAAGCUUUCUCUCCUGAGCAUUGAAAGCGAUUUACUCCGAGAACACGAUUUCAACGAAGUCAUCAACGAUUUUUCGGCGAAAAAAGCUUGAAAGGUUCCGUUCGUUAACUCUAAGAUUUAAUUUCAGAUAAUU